CUUCCUUUUCAUCACUCAACAAACACAAAUACACUCCACGCUCCUCUCCACAUCCAUCUCCAUCACUGUCUCGAGCGGGAACUUAAUAUAAUCCUCUCUCUCUCCCUCUCUCUCAAACAAACACCUCUCUCACUCUCUAACAAACCUCUCUCUCUCUCUCAAACAAACCCCUCUUUCUCUCUCAAACAAACCUCUCUCUCUCGCUCUGCACAAACACUCUCAUGGCGCUCUCGCUCAGCUGAUUCUCCUCCACCUUCAAUUAGCCUCUAGAUCCCUGAUUCUUCUGGUUUCUCUCCACACUCUCUCUCCUGGAAAGCAAGUCUUUUAAACAUGGAGCGCUUCUCUAUUCGAGAGUAUACUUGCCAAAUGAGAAGUGUAGAUGUGAUGAAAUGCUGGCCGUUCGGUCCAACCAACAUAGAGUAUGUACAGGCAUUUCUACCUGCUAUUACUGUUAAGAAAUUUAAGUGGUGGACCGAUGAGCUGGAAAAUGAGCUCACGGAGGAUCUCACUUGUCCGGUGUGCUUCGUAUUUAAAGCCUUGUCCACACAAGAAUUGAAUGGUCAUGUGAGUAGAUGCAUUGUUCAAUUAGGCAAUACGGAGAAUAGUAGGAUGAGAGCAAAGUCGAGGAUGCCAAAGAAGAGAUCGAUUGUUGAGCUUUUUGCAGUGGCACCUCAGGUUGACAAGGUAUAUGAGGAUGAGGAUGAAGAUGGUGAUGAUUUAAGUGACCAAGACGACCAUGUGAAGCUAUCGGCCAUGAUUAGAACGCGGUUCAAUGAGAAAAGGAACAGGAAAAUGAAAUCCAGAGAUUUGACGUUAGUGAAUGUUAGCAUGAAUUCGAAGAAGAGGAAGAGUGGUAUGAAGAAGGGAAGAGAGGCGGACACCAUUGAUAUAUCAAUUGAUCGUAAGGACAAAUUACUUGCACCAAAACAGAAGCGCACAUUUAAUCCGACGGAAAAUGUUACUGCCUCGCCACAUAUUCUAGAGUAUGCAAAAAAAUUGGGGGAUGCUGCAGGAAAGAGGACAAAAGCGUUUGGGGCCUCCAAAUUAACUUUGGGAAAAAAGAAGUCAGUCUUUUCCUUUCAUUGCAUUCUGAAAAAGCAUUCAAAAGUUGUUUCAGGAAAGAAGAAGUCAACAAUAAACACCUUUCCAGAUUCCAAUGAAGCAAAUUGGUGUUCUACUAAUCACUCAAACAGGCAUGUAAGGAUUUCAGGGAAGGAUGAUAUACUUGAACGAAGGAUGAAAUCUGCUCCUCAUGAUGCAGUUUCUUCAGAAACCAAUCUCUUGGCAGAAGAAAGGGACAAAUUUUGCCCUUUAAAUGUGGACAAAAGUAAAGGCAAUUCUUCCAUCAACAGGGAGGAAAACAAUGAGUUCUUUUCUGUUACCGAGAAAUCAACACCUGAUACAUGCUUGUGUGUGGAAAAAUUUUGUUUUUCAAGGCCUCGUGAUAGUCAAGAAAAUUUAGUAGACAGACCUGUAGCUUCAAACAAAUUUGCAUACUACAGUGACCAUGGUUAUGAAGUUGCCUCACCUGAUUCGUCAUCUGCUUGCCCACCUGGAUCUGGUUCAAUGAGAAAGAUGACGUAUAAACCCAGCAUAACCACUCGAGGAGACGAGAAUUUGUCAAUGUCUUGUACGUCCAAAGCAAAGGUGAUUUCUCACUAUGUGGAUGACCCUAGACGUGAUGGAGCUUGUUUUAAAGAUUGUGUGACCUCAUUUCCCCAGGCAUCUUCAUCUUCUUAUGUUAGUAAGGAAAACUGGAAUGCGUGCGGGGGGCAGAUUUCCCCUCAUUCGGCCUCAGAAAAGUACCCGGGCCAAAUUUUAAGGUACCACCCUAUCCCACAUCUUUCACCAAAGGAACUAAUGCAUAGUUUAUGUUCUCCGUCUGAGAUGGAGCAAAGGAGUGAGGUGCAUUUGGGAAGGCCCAGAAAUGGAGAUUAUACGGGAUUGCCUCUAAAUUCACAUGGAGAAUAUAUCCAGCUCGCCAGUGGCAAAGGUGGGUUUAACCAGACGAUCAGGCCAGCUAUUUUUACAGAUUCAUCGAGAACCUUGGCAUUUUGUACUGAACCACCAAGUAACCAGGACGGUCAGUUAUCAUUUAUCAACCAUGAUGAGAGACUACCAUCAGAGAAGCUGUGCCACGUUUUAUCUUCCCAUGGCCAAUUCAAAGAGAAGCCAAAUAGUAUGGAAUCAUCUAGUUUGGGCACUACGAGUGGGACAGAUGCGUCCUUAGAAUUUCGAAGUUGCGAUCCCAUCUAUCCUUAUAAAUCAGGUAUCAACUUGAUGAGCCUUCCUAGUCAGAGCAACAGAACUGAUCAGUCACAGAAUUACUCUAAUGAUAGAAACAUGUAUCCGGAAAGGCACCCUAAUCUUAUCUUAGGAAAUGGCACUCAACCAACAAUGCGAUUGAUGGGCCAAGAAUUCUCUAUUGGUAAAAAUUACAGAAAUUCACACGAGGGGCAAAAAGUUUGGAUGGACAAUCAGAUUAUGGUUCAUCAUGAUGGCAAUGCUAUCAGUUAUGAAUCCUCAAGACACUUUCAGCAAGACUUAAUGAUGCAGCGAGGAAUAGAAAAAAAUAAAAGGAUUGCAUCUUCAUCAGAAAUUCAGAUAGAUAUGCUCUCACAAAGCGUUUUUCAGAUAAUACCCCCGGAUUCCAGGUUUAGUAGUCCAUCCAUUGGCUGUCAAACUAAUGCUGUGUAUGAAAAUGCCUGUCGUGCCUUUGGUGGGGUUCCUGUUCCUCAGACGUAUCCUUAUCUUCCUCCAGAUUAUUCACCUGCAAUCUUUAACAAGGGAUCCAGCUCUCAGGAAACUUUUGUAUGCGAACAUGAAUCUCUACCUCUCAAUCACCAACCAGUGAGAGCAUCCUCAUCUUAUAAUGCUUACCAAAGCUUGAGCUCAAACUAUGCUGAAAAUUCUAGGAUGCUGCCUCAACCUCAUUCUACAAGCUCAGCCUUCAAGUUUCCUUUUUUGUACACUGAUUUAGGAGAGCAUGCUCAGCCAUAUAAUUGCCAGAGCUCUUCUAAGAGCAUUACCUCGUCUUUGUUAAAUGCUGCACAAGCUAAUGAAUCUACGAUUGGUUCAUUCCAAUUCUAUUCUAAUGCAACUGAUAGUCAUCAUCACCAUUGCAUUUCCAGUAAUAACUUUCAAAAAUCCCAAUUUGUUCGCUGCACAACAGAUGUUCCGUAUAUACACAAUCCCUUGACUAUCCAGUCUCCUUUGCAGAAUGGACCUAAUUUGGCUUCUAUAGCUCGACCUCCAAUCCGCCCAAGGUUUCUCCCAACUUCAACAAUGAAUGAAAAACGUGAGUAUAGAUUGAAGUUUAAAGAGCGAAUCAAGGCAAGACUUUGUGUUAAAGACCCUCAGAGUAAACGAACCAAAAAGAAGCCUGGAUCAAAGCCUGUCAAGUUAACGACGCCAGGAGAUAUGAGUAGUGGUGUGACUGUGUCAAAGCUUGUUGGUGAUGCUGAAAUUGGUGCACUUGAAAGAAAAGAAACAACCGUGCUUGAUAGAUCUGGUGAUGUAGCAAAAACUAUAAUUAGUGCAAGCAAACCUGGAAAUCCAUUAGAAGGUCCUCUAAAGCUCACUGCCGGGGCUAAGCACAUCUUCAACCCUAGUGGUGAAUGUAUGUACAGUAGUGACUCCAAGCUGACACACUCAAAAGUUCCUUUCACUACGCAAUCAGAUUCUGCAAUACCUUUGGAAUCACAUCCAUCCAAGAUCUACCGGUUUUAGUUGUAUGCUCUCGCAAUUUACCGAAUUGCCAAAUUUGCUCAAGUGUUGUCGCUGUUCCACCAUACCAGGUCAUCUUCAAAUCAGGAGUUCUUUUGUUAAAUUAAACAGCUCAAAUAUAGUGCUCCUGUACGAACAGCCAAGUAGUGCUUCCUCAUCUCUUCUUCUUGUUUUUUAUAAUGACUACAAAUCUCUGCAGUCUAUUGUAUAUGUGAAUAUCAUGGAGGCCGUUUGUUGCUUUGCAAGAUCUUUGAUAUCAUCUUUGUAAUUCCCUGUAAGAUUAGUAAUUAUUUUGUUUUCAUCUUAACCAUGAGCCAAUGUUUGUAUCAUGUAAAAUCUUAUUCUAAAGGGUUUGCUUAAGGAGCACCUAAUUUGAUUUUCUCUCAUUUGCUCUA